UAUUAGAUAUUGGGCAUUAUACUACUUAUGAACUAAAUUGAAGAAGAAAAAAGAAAGAAAGAAGAUAAGUAGAAAAACCAAAGCCUUAGAGAAAGAAGAAGAGAAGAGAGACAACGAUGGGAACACCAGAGACUUCAAGAGAACCCUGCCCUGAUCGAAUUCUCGACGACAUAGGCGGUGCCUUCGGUAUGGGUGCCGUCGGUGGCUCCGCCUUCCACUUCCUCAAAGGACUCUACAAUUCUCCCAAAGGCUCCCGCUUCGUCGGUGCUUCCCAAGCCGUUCGUCUCAACGCUCCCCGAGUCGGCGGUAGUUUCGCCGUUUGGGGUGGUCUCUUCUCCUCUUUCGACUGCACCAUGGUCUACCUCCGCCAAAAAGAAGACCCUUGGAACUCUAUCUUCGCCGGCGCCGCCACCGGUGGGUUUCUCUCAAUGCGUCAAGGUUUGGUCGCUUCCGGUCGAUCCGCUGCGUUUGGCGGUGUUCUCUUGGCGCUUAUUGAGGGAGCGGGAAUUAUGCUUAACAAGGUUCUUAGCCCGCAGCAGCAGGUGCCUGCUGUCAUGGAUGAACCAAUCCCUGGACAUCCCAACGGCGGUUUUCCGGGAAAACAGGUUCCGCCGGCGGGUGACUCCGAAGCUAAACCGUGGUUCGGUGGUGGGUUGUUCGGUGAAGAUAAGAAAAAGGAUGAAGCUGUUUCUGAUGGAGGAAGUGAGACCAAGAUUUUGGAGAGUUUUGAUGCUCCUCCUGUGCCAAAUUUUGACUACAAAUAAUGUUUGGUUUUGGUUAUAGUUUUUCUGAACCUUUUCUACUGUAUUUUACUUAUAUAUAUGCAAGACAUAGUUUUAUCUUAAUGUAAGAGAAAAUUUACUAAUUGGUCGGAAGAUCUUAUUUGUGUGCAGGGUUUGCAAUGUUCCUCCCAAUAUAAUUUCGGGAGAAUUAUUUUAUGGGGUACACUGUUUUAUCUAGAACAGGUCUUUUAGGUUUUGUAAAAAUAGAGACAUGUUUAUGUUUCAGGUAGUAUGAAUGAUUUUGUAUUUA